AUGUUGAGGGUUUACAAAACUGUCAUACGAUCCGAUAAAUUACAUAUAGAUUAUACAGCCUUUGUCCAGGACGAUACCGGCAAUUCUGGCUCAAAAUGUCAUGUAUUAACAAUUCACGAUAUUGGAUGCAAUCAUUCAGUUUUUACCGAAUUUGGUUCACAACCAGAAAUGAGGAGUUUAAAGCAAAGAAUCGUUUGGAUACACGUCGAUUUACCUGGUCAAGAAGAUGAUGCCAGUGAUUUAGCUUUGGAAAAAUACCCAUCGUUAGAUGAUCUUGGAGCAGAAUUAAUCAAUGUUCUUGAUCGCUUAAAUGUUCAACAAGUGGUCGUUUUGGGUGAAGGUGCCGGUGCAAAUAUUGGAAUAAGAUUUGCAAUGGAGUAUCCGUCCAGAGUGCAUGGUAUUAUCUGUGUGCAUCCUACAGCGUCAGCAGCCGGAUUCAUGGAAACAAUGAAAGAUAAAAUUACAAAUUGGAAACUUAUUCAUAAAGGAAUGAACGCGGAUGCCGAAGCUUAUUUAAUAUGGCAUCGAUUUGGACGGGAUGCAGCGAAGGGUUAUGGUGAUAGUCAAUUAUUAGAAGCAAACAUUCGUGAAUUUUCUGAAAAAUUAUAUGGAAAACGAAAUCCAAAAAAUCUGGCAUUAUUUAUGGACGCAUUUCUCAAUCGAACAAAUUUGAUUGAUAAAUUAGAAAAGUUAACAGUUGAUUGUUUAGUAGCGGUUGGUAAAAAAUCAUCGGUAUUAAGUACAACAGAAAAAUUUUAUGAUCGAUUAAAAGAAACUCGUGAUGUUAAACGUAUGGUGAAUAGUCCACUUCUUAUUGCGGAUAAUGUGGGUGACGUUUUAGGCGAAGCGCCGGAUAUAUUGGCAAAAUCAAUGCAAUUUUUCUUACAAGGCAUUGGAUUAUUAAGUGGACUUCCAAUGGAAACAAGUCUUGUGGGUUUAGGACGUUUAAGUAGAGCAAUGUCAAUGGAAGAUGCCGAUCGUCCGAGACGUAGUUCUGUUUUACAGCCACAGUCUCCAUCAACAACAUCACCCGUCGGUUCUCCACCGGUUGGCUCACCGCCUAAGUUUUCAUCAUAA